GCUAGCAGCUGAUUAGAUAUAGAGAUAUCACAGUUGUCCACUAUCUGAGCGAUGGUUCUCGGCUACGUGUUGUGGCUCAUCGUGUCCGUAGCUGCCUUCAAACUUGUCCUAGCAGGAACAUUGCCUGGUGCACUGUUAUAGCAACGAUCACAGCAUGCAGACUCUAGUGAUGGUUUUGUGGACGACAACAAUCCUUCUGGAGGUUAAGGGUCAAGAAGAUGAACUGUGGGAUCCUUGGGCAGACAACUGCGAGUCCAUGGUCCCCUGUAACCUGACUGAACCCCAGACCGACCCCAUGCCCUACAUAGUUACUCUCAACAGACCAUACAUCAACAGCGAUCAGGCGGUGUACGUUUAUAUAAGAGCACUACCUCCACUCAGUUUCCAGGGGUUUAUGAUUCAGGCUCGGGACGACAAGACCGGUCAGGCUGUCGGGGAGUUCGACACAGACAACAGGAAGAUCAGCGUCAUUAAUUGCUUCGGCAGGCCAGAUAGCACGGCCAUGCACGCUGACAAUUCCCCCAAGACGGAGGUGACGGCCAGAUGGGCGCCCGAGGAUGACAAUGACGCUACCGUAACAUUUUAUGUCACAAUUGCUGAAAAGGUUAACCCUCUAGUGAGGUUCUGGGCUUGCCAGCGUACGAAAACACUUCAAAUUAUCAAGUGACUUCUUGUAGCCCUUUCGUCCUUUCACAUUUCAAGUACUUAGGAGAGUUCUGUACACUAUGCCAACAACUGUUUAUUUAAUAGUAACCCUUCCAUACUUUCCACAAAUAUACAGUCUGCUUUAUAUACAAUAACACACAUUCCUCAUAAA